AUGGAGAACGGAGAUGGCAGCGGCCGAGCCGCUGGCAGCGGAAGUGGGAGUGGGCGUGGCAACAACACCAGCAGCAGCAGCAGUAGCAGUAGUCAAGCUCCUUUAACGUCGAAGGGAGCCUUCGAUUCUCACCUGUAUGGCGAGACGCCCGUGCACCAGUAUUUGGCGGAGAUUCCAGCGGAGGAUGAGCAGCCCACGCCGUUGGGCGCCGUUUUCGGGGAGGAUCCGCAGCAGCAGCGCGGAGGCGUCGGCUCAGUCUCACGGCUGGUGGAAAGCGAGCGUCGAGCCAUGCUGGCGACCUCCGGGGGGGAAAGCGAGGCGGCAGCGCUCAUGGAGAAGAAGGCUAUUGCUGCAAGAGAAGACACGUAUCGGCGCCAGCGGUUCCAGCGCGCCCUGUCUCCUGAGCGUCAAGACCCCUUUGCCGCGGAGGGUGGACGAAGGGAGGACGUGAGCGCGAGGAGCUACGCAGACGUCAUGGUGGAGCAGCAGCUGGAUAGGGAGAAACAGGCUGCAGUGAAACAGAUCCGAAAGCUCCAGGAGGAUGCAGCCUUCGCGCAACAGCUGCUGCAGCAGAGGCAGGAGGAGGCGGCUGCAGCGGGGGUGGCAGCGGCAGCGGCAGCCGCUGCAGGAAAGAGGGGCCGGUGGGAUGGCGGGGAUCGGCAGCUCACGGAAGCCGAGCGAUGGGCGCUGCAGCAGCAGCAGCAGCAAGGCAGCGAAGGCGCUGCAGCAGCAGCAGCCGCUGCAGCCACACUCGCGAGUCGAUGGGAUACUCCUCUGCAGGCUGGAGGGCAAGCGCCAGGCUGGGGUGAUACGCCUAUGGCUUCCGCGGGGGAGCCAGCCGCUGAGGCGGGGGAGCAAAAGCCAAAGAAGAGAAGCAGAUGGGAUGCAACUCCUGCGCAGGGAGGCACUGGACAGGAAACACCCACACCAGGCCAGUGGGGUGCAACUCCGCUGGUUGCGGGUGUCGGCGGGCAAACGCCUUUGCAGAUGAAGAAAAGGAGUCGGUGGGAUGCAACACCCCUUCCAGGAGGGAACCAGGGAGAGGAGGCUUCCGGAGUCGGAUCCGCGAUGGCUACCCCCUUGACGGGAGCGAGGCUUGCCGACGGAUCCGACACUGGGCUCGCCACGCCAGGCCUUGCGCAGACUCCUGGCGCGACACCCAUGACAUCGGGGCUUACGCCUGGUGCCACGCCACUCGCCAUGACAGGUUUGGGGACGACGCCCAUGACGCCAGGGACCCCCCUGCAGACUCCCGAGCAGCUGCUGGCUUUGCGCUUGCAGCAGGAGUUCGAUGAGCGCAACCGAUAUCUGACUGACGAGGAGCUGGACAGGAUCAUGCCGAGCGAGGGUUACGAGAUCGUGCAGCCCCCCAGCGACUACAACCCCCCACCCACCUCGGCAGCAGUGGCGGCAGCGCGCGCUCGACAGCAGGCCCUUGCUGCCUCAGGCAUGGCGCCCGCAACGCCGGGUAUUUCCUCCGCGGCAACGCCGCUGGGUGUAACGCCCAUGUACGUCAUGCCUGAGGAGGGGGGCAUCUCCGUCAAGGCGUUAGAUCCGACGGGAUCGCUGCUCGAUCCCCAGGGUCUGGGGGAGGCAUCAGGGGGGGUCCAGAUGAAGGCGGAAGACUUUCACUUCUUUUCGAAGCUUUUUGAGGAGAAGCCGGAAGACCAAAUGACUCAGGAGGAGGUGAAAGAAAAGAAGAUUCAACUGCUGCUUCUCAAGAUCAAGAACGGAACGCCGCCUCUCCGUCGAUCUGCUUUGCGCGUCUUGACGGAGAAGGCCAAGGAGUUUGGCGCUGCGGCGCUCUUCAACCAGAUUCUGCCGUUAAUGAUGCAAACAACGCUGGAGGACCAGGAGCGCCACUUGCUGGUAAAGGUCAUUGACCGUGUCUUGUACAAGCUGGACGAUUUGGUGCGCCCUUAUGCGCACAAGAUUUUGGUCGUCAUAGAGCCUCUGCUAAUUGACGAGGAUUAUUACGCACGCAUUGAGGGGCGCGAGAUCAUCAGCAACCUCGCGAAAGCUGCAGGGCUCGCCACCAUGAUCGCCACCAUGAGACCGGAUAUCGACCACCCGGAUGAAUACGUCCGAAACACAACCGCCAGGGCGUUCGCCGUCGUGGCUUCUGCCUUGGGUGUUCCCUCCCUGUUGUUGUUUCUGAAGGCCGUAUGCCAGAGCAAGAAGUCUUGGCAGGCACGCCACACGGGCAUCAAGAUCAUCCAGCAGAUCGCGAUCCUCUUGGGGUGUGGGGUGCUCCCGCACUUACGGCAGUUUGUUGAAAUUAUUCAGCACGGCUUGGACGACCCGGUUCUGAAGAUCAAGACGGUGACGGCGCUGGCACUCGCUGCGCUUGCCGAGGCGGCAGCCCCUUACGGCAUUGAGGCGUUCGAUUGCGUCCUGCGUCCGUUGUGGAAGGGCAUUGGUGAAAUAAAGGGGAAAAGUUUGGCAGCAUAUUUGAAAGCUAUUGGGUCCAUUAUUCCGCUUAUGGACGCCUACCACGCGAGCUACUAUACACGAGAAGUUAUGGUGAUGUUGGUGCGGGAGUUCGAGACGAACGACGAGGAAAUGAAGAAGAUUGUGUUGCGGGUGGUGAAGCAGUGUGUGGCGACUGAGGGUGUGGAGGGUGAAUACAUUCGUACUGACAUUAUUCCACCCUUCUUUUCGAAGAUGUGGCUCGUGCGAAAUGCCCUCGACAGGCGCACAGCGAAGCUCCUAACGGAAACAGCCACGGAGCUCGCCUCGAAGGCUGGGGGGGCACAUGUGAUCAAAUUUAUUGUGGACGAUCUGAAGGAUCCUAGCGAACCGUUUAGGAAGGUGACGUUGGAGACCAUUGAACAGAUCAUAGUCAAUGGGGGCGUCACGGAUGUUGACGGGCGGCUGGAGGAGCAGUUGAUUGAUGGGCUCUUGUAUGCGUUCCAGGAGCAAACUACUGAAGACACUGCUGUGCUUUUAAACGGCUUUUCCACAAUUGUGAACGCGCUCUCCGUGCGCGUAAAGCCUUAUCUUCCCCAGAUUUGUGGUGUAAUUCGCUGGAGGCUCAACACCCCGUCGGCCAAACUCAGGCAACAAGCUGCAGACCUGGUGGCAAGGAUUGCGACCGUCAUGUUUAAGAGCGGAGAAGAGCAGAUGCUGGGGCAUCUGGGUCUGUUUCUCUACGAGUAUCUGGGAGAGGAGUACCCCGAUGUCUUGGGGAGCAUCCUUUGCGCCCUAAAGGCCAUUGUAAACGUUAUCGGCAUGAACAAAAUGACGCCGCCUAUAAAGGACUUGCUGCCGCGGCUGGCGCCCAUUUUGAAAAACAGGCACGAGAAAGUGCAAGAAAAUCUCAUUGACUUGAUUGGCCGCAUUGCAGACAGAGGGGGCGACUUGGUUUCCCCUAAGGAGUGGGAUAGGAUCUGUUUCGACCUUCUUGACUUGCUCAGGGCGCAGAAGAAGAGCAUUCGGAGGGCCACAGUAAACACCUUUGGUUAUAUCGCGCGGACUAUUGGUCCCCAGGACGUUUUGGCCACUCUGUUGAAUAAUCUAAAAAUGCAGGAAAGGCAGCUGCGUCUCUGCACUACAAUCGCGAUUGCCAUUGUGGCAGAAACCUGCUUGCCGUACUCUGUGUUGCCUGCCCUGAUCAACGAGUAUCGCGUGCCGGAGCUUAACAUCCAGAAUGGUGUCCUUAAAACGCUUAGUUUUAUGUUUGAGUACAUCGGCGAAAUGGCGAAAGAUUACAUCUACACCGUCACACCUCUUCUGGAAGAUGCACUUAUGGACAGGGACCUUGUUCACAGGCAAACGGCCGCUUGGGCCUGCAAGCAUCUAGCACUUGGAGUGCAUGGGUUGAGCUGCGAGGACGCCCUGACGCAUUUGUUCAACUACGUGUGGCCCAACAUCUUCGAGGUGUCUGCGCAUAUGGUUCAAGCGUUUUUCGAUGCGGUGGAUGGCAUGCGCGUCGCCAUCGGGCCGGGCGUGGUAUUCAGAUACGUCAUUCUGGGGUUGUUCCACCCAGCGCGCAAGGUACGCGAGGUCUACUGGCGGGUGUACAACAACGUUUACAUUGGACACCAGGAUGCAAUGGUUGCUUUCUUUCCGAAACUCCCUGACUAUGAGAAACACUCCUUUGCUCGGCCAGAGCUGGAAAUGGUGAUUUAA